AUGGCCGUGUUGGAUAAUAAUGAGUUUUUCACACAAGUAACUGGUUUGCUUACGAAAAACGGUGGAAAAUCGUCCAUAUAUAUCACCCAAAAGAGAUUGUCGUAUAAUAUUGAUGAUGAGAUUGAAGGAAUCAACCCGUUAUCUGAUCUUCCGAAAAAUGUCAAACCACUUCUACAUGAAUUUAAUCCUGAUCAAAAAACCCAUCCCAUUCUUAUAAGAGUCACGGAUGGUAAUAGGGACAAAUCUAAAAAGGUGAAGUUGAGUACAGUUGUUGAGCCCCAAAAUUUGGCUAUUUUUUGGAAAGAAUACACCAACAUUAUCAAAGCCGGUUUUCCAGGGCUAAAAAAGAAGUCCAAGUCUAAGAAGAAGGUUAAGAAGACGUCCAAGAAAUAG